CUCGCUCCUGACACUCCUGCAUCCCUACCGACCAAUCGGAGCCGCGGCACCGUCCCGCCCCGCCCCUCCCUAUCCCUUCAGAACACGUGAUCCGGAGCGGUCUGGAAACCUGCCGCUCGCCUUCAGUGCGUUAUUGUGGUUCACAGGUACAGAGGAAUGGCCCUCCGCGAGACUCUGACAAACUCACGGCUCUCCGCGAGCGCACGGACUGAGGACGGAGGACAGUCUCUCUAACCGGCGCUUCAGUGGAUGUUGUAACUUCGGCAUGUCACUCGAAUGGGAUAUAUGAUUUUUGCCCCAUUUGUGUCUCUCAAAAACACCCCUUGCGUCUUUUUUAUUUUUGCCUUGCUUUCUAAACACCUCGCACCCACUCUCCUCCCGAAACCAUCCCCUCCCCUGUCAUCGCACCCAGACCUCUCUCAUUCCGCAUCUGCACCUUCUCCCUUCGGGCGGAUCCUUGCUCUUGUCAUCCAGAAACAACUGCUUCAUGGGGCACACUCCUUUCGUCGGAAAAUGUCCCCCUCUUGGCUUCUAAGCGCACCGGCAAAGUUGACAACAUUAGGACCAGGGCGCGUCUGUGAGCAGUGUCGGGGGAACUGAGAUGGGUGUCUCGGUGGCGGCGGCCCUAUAUGAGCCCCGAAGUCCGCACCAGUGGAGCCGGAUAGUGGGACACUUGGUUUGGAUUGCAGUCUUGUCUUUUCUCGCCACUUUCCCUGUGCAACAACUUGGCGCUUUCCCGUCCUCUCUCAGCGACUGUCAGACUCCAACUGGAUGGAAUUGCUCAGGGGAUGAUGACCGGGACACAGAUCUCUUCCUUUGUGACACCAACACUUGCAAGUUUGAUGGCGAGUGUCUCAGAAUCGGGGACAUAAUAACGUGUAUAUGCAACUUCAAGUGCAACAACGAUUAUGUUCCUGUGUGUGGCUCCAACAACGAAAACUAUGAAAACGAGUGUUUUCUGCGGAGAGACGCCUGCAAACAGCAAACCGAGAUCCUGGUGGUUUCUGAAGGAUCUUGUCCAGCUGAGGCUGGUUCAGGAUCAGGAGAUGAAGGGAACGAGGGUUCGGCUGAGAAUGGACAGAAGGAGACGUCCACCUGUGACAUUUGCCAGUUUGGAGCGGAGUGUGACGUGGAUGCAGAAGAUGUCUGGUGCGUCUGUAACAUCGACUGCUCCCACAUCAGUUUUAACCCCGUGUGUGCGUCAGAUGGCCGUUCUUAUGACAACCCCUGCCAGGUAAAAGAAGCGUCGUGUCAGCGGCAGGAACGAAUCGAGGUCAAGUUCCUGGGUCACUGUCAGGGCGACAUGAUUACAGGCACCAAAGCAGGAGAUGGACAAUAUGCCAGGACAGACUACACAGAGGAGAAGCCUGAGGUUUCAGAGGUGGCGAGAGGGUUGUACAUUCCCUGCCCUGAGCACUAUAAGAACUAUUGUGUUCACGGAGACUGUGAAUAUCCCAACAUGCUCUCAACACCGUCCUGCAGCUGUCACUCAGGAUUCAGCGGUCCGCAGUGUGAAACUAAGGAGUAUAAUGUGCUGUACGUGGUGCCUGGCUCUGGAAAGCUCCGCUACGUCCUCAUCGCGUCUGUCAUUGGGGCUCUGCAGGUGGCCAUCAUAUGUGUAGUGGUGCUGUGUAUUACCCGGAAGUGCCCACGGACCAACAGAAUCAACCGGCAGAAGCAGAACACAAUGCACUACAACUCUGAAAACACUCUGCGCGCCUCCACCCGCCUCAUUUGAGCGCCGUGACCGCUCGUGAACAGAGAAUCAUGGGAAACAUAGUUUGAACAAAAAAUAAAAAAACUCAAUCUCCGUCCCCACAGAGACACUGCAUCCUGCUGGAUGAUGGGAUGGAGACGGAGGACGAUGGGUUCUACACACGAUGCCUUGCACCUGUGGCACAGGAAACAAACAGAGAAUUUUAGGACAACAUGAUAGGACAAGUCCUGUUAUUUGGUUAAGUAUGGGUAAUAUUUCCAAUAGUUAAUUUGUUUGUCUUGAUGGGGUCCUUUUUCUGUAAUGUAAAUAAAUAAUUUAUAUCACAAAGCACUGUGUGUUUAUUAUUUUGUGGAUGAUAUGACUUUUGAAGGAUCUGGCUUGAAGGUCAUUUCAGGUGAUUCUAGUGGGACUGGAAAAAGGAUUUUCUACGGAUAAACAUUGCGAGGCUUCGACAGGCCCAGCAAAAUCAAUCUCAACAAUUAUUUUGCUCUUUUUAUUGUAAUGUAAUCAUGUACACUGCUGUUUGGGAUCAGCAAUUUUUAAUCAUUUUAUUCAGCAAGGAUGUAUUAAAUUGGUCAAUUGUGACAGUAAAGACAUUUAUAGUGUUAUAAAAAUUCUGUUUCAAAUAAAUGCUUUUCUUUUUAA